AGGAGGUAGUGAAAAGUGAACCUGCUGUAAAGAACAUGGUUGAACGAUGGCCAGCACUCUUCACAGAGAGACAGGUGUAUGCUGAAUUCAAUAGAAUUGCCAGUAAGAAUCUUGAGGGAGACUUCUUUGAGGCUCUGGACCAGUACGUGCCACGUGCCAUCAACCUCUUCAAGUCAAAAAGAGGAACUCUUGGACAGAAACUGACAGAGAUAAUGCAGCACAUAACCAGUGUGACACCAGAUGUGAUUGCACUGCGCUCUGUGGUCCUGAAAGGCAUUCCCAUUGUACUCGGGGAUGAUUCUGAAGAAUUCUUCAAAACAUGCUUCGAUACAACGAGAGAUGAGACCCUAGCAUCCAUCACAGUUGGUGUGCUGACUGUCCUGAGUGAAGACAGCCCUCACUCCGGUCCAAGCUCAAUGGACUGCCAGCCCAUCUCCACUGCCAUCGUCCUUGAGGGAGGUAUUGUCAUGGACAACGUUAAAGACUUGCCUCAUGCAGUUUGCCUGAUGUUUGGUCUCACAUAUGCCUUGCAUUUGGUUUAUCCAAAAUGCAUGGCAAAUACACUCCGAUUUAUUCAAGCUGUGAUGCUUGGUUUGGGAAACAAAGUCCUACCACCAAAACUGCUUUCCCUCAAAAACAGUUUGUUGGUUUAA